AUGAUAGAAAAAUCAAAAAAGAAAUCAAAUACUCCUAUUUACCAUCCCCACGAUUGGUAUCAACUUGUAAGAAGAACAGGAAAAGUAAGCAAGUUUCAAGUAGUAGAAAUGAGUGAAACUGAUUUUUUUGAUUUUUCUAAUUUACUUAAAGUUCCUUUAAUGGUUCAUAAAUUAAAUACAGAUAGAGAACAAUUUAAAUGGCAACCAGUAUCUUGGUUGCAAUAUACAAAAACAGGGAAAGGUGUUUUAAAUUAUAAAACUACUCUUGAGGAAAAUGCACCAUUUAAGACCUUAAGUUUUCUUCGCAGAGGAAAUAGUGGUACUAUAUUACAAGUAAAAAAAAUACAAUGGACCUUUAUCAAUAUUAAAAGAAAAAAAGAAAGAUUUACUAGAUAUCUGCUACCCCUAAUACCACCAAUAUUUUAUCAAUUCUAUCAUGAGUUGAAAACAACAAAUGAUACUCAAGAUAACGAUCCGGAUCUCGAUGAAGUUAGUAUUGAUGGAGAAUAA